AUGUGUCUGGAACAGCACAUCGCACAUAGGAGUACGCAGUGUAAAAGCGUGGCCAAAAGUAUGUCAAUCAUUUUGUCGUCUUGCAGCGUCGACAAUGUGGAAACGGCCAUUAAGCUCGCGAAGGACGUUAGAUUGGUUCACCUGAAAGCAGGAUUCGAGAUCCGGAACUGGGUGUCGAAUUCGCCAACGUUUUUACGGAAUCUGGGGGAGGAAAAGCCGGCAGUGCCUGUACACUUCUGCCGUGACAAGCAAACGCUGAAGGAAAGGGUUUUGGGAGUAAUCUGGGACUCUAAAGCGGAUGAGUUUUCAUUCUCGAGAAUGCAUUGGGAAGAGUUGCAGCCAUGCCUGCUGGAGGGAAAGCGACCGACAAAACGGCUUGUCGCAAGCUGUGUGAUGGGGUUUUUUGAUCCGCUUGGGUUGCUGUCACCAUUUACCAUCCACGGCAAAAUUAUCAUCCAGCAUCUCUGGCGUUCCAAUUGUGGAUGGGAUGACGAAAUCGACGAAAAAUCCUGGAUGUUGUGGCAGCGAUGGAUAAAUUUGUUGCUGGAGGUCGAAACUAUCCGGAUUCCUCGCUGUCACCUCGGAGGCGCCAAGUCCGCCGAAGUCGACUCACUGGAAGUCCACAUCUUCACCGAUGCCAGCGAACACGCAUACGGCUGCGUAGCCUAUUUGCGAGCAGUAAUUGAAGGUGAGGUUCGCUGCAGCCUGAUGAUGUCCCGGGCCAAGGUAGCCCCGAUAAAGCGGCAGUCGAUUCCCCGUUUGGAGCUGAUGGGUGCCGUUCUGGGGGCGCGUUUCAGCCAAACAAUUCUGAGCACGCACUCGUACCAGAUCGCCCGCACAGUUAUCUGGACGGAUUCCCGCACCGUAUGUAGUUGGCUCAACUCGGAUCAACAUCGCUACAAGCAAUUCGUUGCAUUUCGAGUCGGCGAGAUUCAGGAGCUGACGAAGGUUGCGGACUGGCGAUGGAUUCCGACCAAGCUGAACAUCGCAGACGUGCUGACAAAGUGGGGUCAAGGUCCACCGUUACAAAGUGAUGGAGACUGGUUUUGCGGACCCUCGUUCCUAUAUCGGCCGCAAGAACUGUGGUGGUGA